GGAAGCAGUUUAUUCAGGAAAAUUGAAGCGAUCAUUUUUCUUCGCGAUCUUUACGUCAUUUGUUAUCUAAGCAGGUUCUAAAUUAUAAAGUAUCAAGGACGAUUGAACACUAUAUUAUUAAUUUUUUACACAAAAAAUAGCAGAAGAGAUUUUCUUUCGUACAAAGGGAGAAUUUGAAAAAACAAGCAAAUCACUUUAGGAAAAUGCACCUUCCUAUGUUUUAUCAGAAUCGUGAGAUAUUCAUUACAGGAGCUACGGGCUUUCUAGGAAAGAUUUUGCUGGAGAAAUUACUAGCAUCUUGCAACGUUAGAAAGAUUUAUAUUUUAGUAAGGAGCAAAAAUGGCAUCGGAAUUGAUGACAGAAUAGAAAAAUUACUCGGUGCUAAAAUUUUCGAUAGGUUAAAGCAAUCGACACCUGAUAUAUUGAAUAAAGUAUACUACAUCGAUGGGGAUGUGACGCAAGAAAAUUUAGGAAUGUCUUCUUCAGACUUGGAUUUAGUGAAGAAAAACGUUUCUAUAGUUUUUCAUCUGGCCGCAUCAAUUAAAUUCAACGAAUCUUUUCGAAAUUCAUUUAUAAAUAAUGUGGAGUCGACAAAGAAUUUAGCCGAUGUUUGUCGUCUUAUUGAUAAUUUAGUGGCUUUAGUUCAUGUAUCAACAGCUUUUAGUAACUGUCAAAGAGUAGAAAUUAAGGAGAAAAUUUAUCCAAUACCCAUGAGUUAUGAGACAUUAAAGGAUGGUUUAAACGAUGAUUUUAUGGAAAUAUCAACCGAAAAUGUUUUAGAAAACCGACCUAAUGUGUAUACAUUGACGAAAGCGAUUGCAGAAAACUUAUUAAACAACAAUUACAGAGACUUGCCUCUCGUUAUCGUAAGACCUUCCAUUGUAGGCUGCUGUUGGAAAGAACCUUUACCAGGAUGGAACGAUAGCUUGAUCGGUAUUAAUUCCUUCGUUAUAGCUAUCACAAAAGGUAUUGGACUAAACAUCUUUACAAGUGAAAAUAAAAUUUGUGAUAUUAUUCCAGCGGAUAUAGUAAUAAAUGUACUAUUGUCUGCAGCUUGGAAGAAGGCUUUGGCACCUGACGAAAGUUCAGAAGAAAUUCCAGUAUAUAACUGUAUUUCAGGAAAUAGGAAUCCUCUUGACUGGUUAAAAUGUAUUCAAAUUAUAAAGAAAAAUGCAUGGAUUUAUCCUUCGCAAGAAAAUUGUUUCUAUCCAUAUUUUAAUGUUCAGCACAAAUAUUAUUGGCAUCAAUUUUGUGUCUUGAUAGAACAUACACUACUGGCUUCUUUUGUUGAUGUUUUAUCAAUUGCUAUGGGAAGGAAACCAUGGUUAUUUAAUAGUUACAAAAAAAUGAAGAAAGUAAAUGCUGCUUUAGAAUACUUUUAUACUCGGGAAUGGAAGUUUCAUUCUGAUAACACUGAAAAAUUAAACGAAAUGAUGUCACUAGAAGAUAAAAAGAAUUUUAACUGCGAUGUCGGAAAAGUCGAUUGGAAUGAUUACUUAAAAUGGUACAGUCUUGGUAUCAGGAGAUACGUAUUGAAAGAAGACGAUUCUACCAUUAUCCAGACUAGAAAACGUGUUAUGAGGAAUUAUUUCAUCGUUUUAAUUGCCAAAGUUGCAUUUUUCUUGGGACUGACUUAUCUUAUUUUUAAAGUUCUGGUUAUGUAAAUUAAAACGAAAUGAUAACAUUUGAAAUAUUUUUAGAUAUUGUAUCACGGUCUCAUAUAAAAUUAUAUUAAAAUAUACAGAUUUAUGUUACUAUAACAGUUUUAUUCAUAAUUUUCUACAUAUUUUCAAAUGUUUAAUCGAUUAUAUUUUGCCUGGUCUGCAUUUUAAGGAGAUGAACGUUAACAUUUCAUACGA